AUGAACAUCUCGAGGGGCCGCGACCGCAAUGUCGCGCUCUCCGCCACCGCUAGGAAAGCCAGCGAGGAAAGAGCCAUCAGGGCUCGUCGAUAUUCGCGUUCUCCCAGCCCAACUUUCUCCACUGAUCGCAAGACCCUUUCCCGCUCCCCCAGUCCAUCCCCAACGAGCUCUGCUUCCCUUUCCCCACGCUCCAACUCCCCAACGCCACCACUAACACUGAGCGACCAACUUCACAUCGCUUACGCGGCAGACGACCUUCAUCUCGCCAAGGUCCUUCUCCUCCGACUACAGGGCAUAGAAAUCACCUCAGACAGCGACCCACGGAUAGCAGCGGUCACUGACGAGGACUUCGACGCCCAUUUCGUGCCCUACCGGCUGGACGAGACAGUUUCUAUACCAGUGGCACCAUCAAAGCCAGCGCCACAGCAGCGACGACAGCCUUCAGAAGACACGCGCAGGCGGGAAAAUCUGAAGGACAAGGAGCGGUUGUGGGACAUGGAGAUGCGACGCUUUGCAGAGGAGAGGCUGCGACUGGAGUCGCUCAAGCGAAUGCAACUCGACCAACAACGAGAACACGACCGACUACGCUCUAUUAAGCAGAAGGAGGCUGCUGCUGCUGUUGUCGACUUGCGGAGAAGACGAAUGAAACCGGCAAGAACACUAAACUUUGCGCUGGUCCCUGCUGUACCCCCUCCCCCUCCCAGAUUCACCUACGACUUCCCCUUUACCCCCCGUGCUGCCCGACCACCGCCUGCUCCCAGGUUACCACCUGUUAAUCGGCCGGAACUUCUCGAUGAGACGCGUCAGCCAAACCGCGUAUCGUUUCAGGAUGUCCUCGCGUGCAUGCAAGGCGAUCUUUUCCCGUUAAUACCCGGAGAACAUAUCGUACCACAGUCAACAGACCAUGUCAAGGCCCGUCGCCAACUCGCCCUUCUCGAAACUCUGCUCGAUUCUGGCAUCACCAUUACACCUCCAGAUGACAAAGGCAAAGCUCGCGCUGUUCCUAUUCGAUGUACGGAAGCUAUCCGAGCACCGCCGUUACCCUCACCAUCCACAUCGACGACUUCUUCCAGCCUAUCUCGUGCAGGGUCGUGGCUGUCUUUUGGCAGUUCUUCGCGAUCUAGCACCAGUACGGUAGCCUCCUCGUGGAUCUCUGUUGAAUCAGCAGUGCCUGUUAUCAAGUCUCCGUCAAGACGACUCAGUCUCAAUUAUAGCGGUAGCGGUGUUGGUUCAUGGUUACCUGGCGCUCGCCGAACUGCAUCGCCUGAAUCGCAGUUGAGUCAAGUUCACGUUCACGCUCUGGAUUGCCGUUGUCGUGACUCGGCUCGGAGUCCAGCCUCGAAACAUCCUCUGAUGGAUCCGUCUUUGACAAGUUCCCGGCAGGGUCAUUCGACGCGUUCAGAUGAAAUCAAGAGUUCGUUGGCCAAUACACUGGGUCGGCUAACGGCACUUGCGAAGACGAUGCAGACGGCGAGGAAGAGUAUGAUCUGGGAAUGGGCUAUCCUCCCCCCGCCCGUCAAGGAGAAGCCACGAUUGAGCAAACCAACAAGCUUGCCUUCCACGGUGUCUAGCGCUGCCAGCGCUAGUCCGCUCCCAAUCCGACCAAUUGGCCUCCGUGUUUCGUCUGCCGAUGUCCGCAACUUUGUAUCAACCUCUCCGUCUCGGAUAACCGAGAAUGAAGAAUCAGAAGAAUCAGCCUUCACCAAUUCUGACGACGAGCUAAUCCCUAGCGCCACUCUGUCGCAGCUCGUCCCCCGGUCGCCGCGAUGGGUGCCUACUCCGCCCGCCAGAACUGAACUGCCUGCCAAGCUGCCUUAUGACCGCGUUUUCUCACCUCCUGCUCCGUUACCGAGAAGUCCGUGGGCAACGUUAGUAGCUGCCAGUGCGGCUGCUCGAGUUAGAGCUGGCGAUGCAGAUGUUGAUGUCUGGGCCGAGAAACCACCGCCAGACAUUACCGAAUUGCUGUUGGAUACCUGGGAGUACCAACCUUUGUUGCGCGACCGUGCGGUUCCCAACAGCGCCUUCUUGCGCAUCAAGGCACUGAACAACUACGCGGCCGAUGUUAUCUGGGGUCAUGCUUCGAGUGUGGGGGUCAGCGUCACCGCAAUGCUCCCCCACGACUCCAAGAUGGCCCAAGGAAGCAAUGGUUGCACAGGUGCCCGGUAUACGGUCCGCGGUCGGCAGUCGGCUUAG